AUGUCUCGGUUCGUCGAUCCACUGGUGGUGGGGAGGGUGAUCGGGGAGGUGGUGGACCUGUUCGUGCCGUCGGUGGCCAUGGCCGUCUCCUACGGCGCCAAGGACGUCAGCAACGGCUGCCAUGUCAAGCCCUCCAUGGCCGCCGACCAGCCGCUGGUGCGCAUCUCCGGCCGCCGCAACGACCUCUACACGCUACUGAUGACGGAUCCCGACGCGCCGAGCCCCAGCGACCCGACCAUGAGGGAGUACCUCCACUGGAUAGUCAUGAACAUACCAGGUGGAACAGAUGCAACUAAAGGUGAUGUGGUGGUGCCGUACAUGGGGCCGCAGCCGCCGGUGGGCAUCCACCGCUACGUGCUGGUGCUGUUCGAGCAGAAGUCGCGCAUCGUCGACGGCUACGCGGCGCCGCCGGCGGACCGCCCCUACUUCAACACCCGCGCCUUCGCCUUCAACCACGAGCUCGGCCUCCCCGUCGCCGUCGUCUACUUCAACUCUCAGAGGGAGCCCUCCGGCAACCGCCGCCGCCGCUGA